AGCAGACGGACCUGCCUAUCCAUUUUCCAAAACAGGCCACCAGCUCCUCUCCCGUACUCCACAUAUAUAUAUUUUCAGUACACGAACGCCAUGGCUGCCCUCCUCUUCCUUCUCGUCGCCUCCGCCCUCCUCCUCGCGCCGCCCUCUGCAGCCGGCGCGGAUGUCACAGCCGCCCCGGAGGUCGCCGAUUCCUCGUCGCCGGACCUUGCCGGGGCCCUGGGCGAGCAGCUGGAGAGCUUCCUCAACCGAAUGGAGAAGAAGAUCGGUACGGCAGGGACACGUGCACUUACGCAGAUAAGCUUAAGAUGAAGCGGCACCCUCUGUGUCUCUGUGUGUCUGUUUGUGUGCCGUCGUGUGUCUGUGUGUCUGUGUCUGCAGGAAAUGUCUCUCCUAUGGUUACUGAUGACGGCAAGACGCCCGCCGAGAAGAUCAAGGCGGCUCUGAAGCACAUCGAGGCCGUCAAGACCACAGCCGCUGCCGCCACCGCACCGAAGAAGGCUGACGAGCCCCACAAGCCAAUUGUGGAAGAAGCUGAGCUGACAGUCAUCAUCACCAUGAUUGAGCAGCUGAUUAAAGAGAUCGAAUCCUUUCUGAACGCCCUAUUUCUGAAGGCCGAGCGGGGUGAACGAGAGGGUCUCGAGGGUCUCGAGAGUCUCGGCGUCCUCUUCUACACUCUGCUCACGUAUUUGGAGCCCUUCCUGGUCACCCUGGCUGACAUCUUCCUCUGAGUCUGAAGCCGCUGGCUGAAGCCGUGCU